AUAAUCAGUUGAUCUCAGAUUAAUGGCACCUCAUCAUCCUUCACUCAUCAACCACCCCUGUCACUCUAAGCAUCCUCUCUCGCUCCUCUCUUCUCCACCCUAUCCUCUAGGCAUUUUCAACUGUGAUGCUUGUAAUCGUCAAGACAUGGGAUUCUGUUACCAUUGCAAAGAGUGCAAAGUCGAUCUUCACGUUCACUGCGCUGCUUUGCCUCUUUCUGUAAACCACAAUUCUCAUUCCCAACACCCUCUUAAGCUGACCUUCCUUAUCCCAUAUCCAACCAACGACUUCUCUUGUGAUAUUUGCAAGAACUUAGGAUCAAAAUGUUGGGAAUAUCGCUGCGAUUCUUGCGGGUUCGAUGCUCAUUUGAAUUGUGCAACGACAGUCAGUCCUACAACCAUUCAGCGGGGGUUACCUGUUCAGCAACCACAGCCUAUGAUUCAACAUCAAUUUUCAUUACCAGCUGCAGGUCAUAAGCAGCAAACACCUCCGACACUUCAAAACAAUAACUCAUUUCCUCGUAUGACACAGCCAUAUGCCAAACCUGCACCAACAGGGUACAACUUAGCGACUAGUCAGCAGUACCCAAAUUACUAUGCAAUGAAUAAUAAUCAACCAACUUUUGGUGCACCAGCUAUGGGUGUACCAACUCCGGGUAUACAGCAGACUUAUUAUAUGCAAAAUCAACCUGGUAUUUAUAUGCAAAAUCAACCUGGUAAUAAUCCUUCAAUGGGUGCAUCGAUGACUCAAGGCUUUUACCAAGGUGUAGGACAACAGGCAGGGCAAGUACUCAUGCAGAAUAUGUUGGGAUCAUUUUCAGCAUUCGGUGGUGGGAAUGUUGAUCCAUCAACACUAGGUGGUGGGAAUUUUGAUCCAUCAUCAUUAGGUGGUGGGAAUUUUGAUCCGUCGUCAUUAGGUGGUGGGAACGUUGAUCCAUCAGGUGGUGCGAAUUUCGAAUGGGACCAUAACGCGUUAAUCUAACGGUGAAUUUGCCCGGGCACUCCAUUACCUACCUACAGUGACGGUCUUUUCUAUAAGCAUACGUAUAACCACAAUGCAUCUAGGGGAAUUGGGCUAAAGCAGGGCCAAAAUAUUGUGUGUGCCUAUAUCUACUCUGUGAAUGGAAUUUUAACUUUAAAUAAAGAAUCUCCGGUUUUAUGAUUGAUCUAAGAAACAUAUUUGCAUAAGAAUUUGUUUUGUACUUUGGAAUUUACUGUUACUUCUCAAACAAUAUGAUAUUUACUUCUCUCUGCAUUACAAUUUGUUGUAUACUGUUAUUUGGGAUCAAGACUUUAGAAGUACCGUUGGAUGAAGUUAGAUUGUUGUUUAGUUUUUA